AUGCCCAACCGAAAUGCUGGAAAGAAGGCUUCGGCUCGCAACUUCCAACAGUCUGACAUGGCAACUGUCGCAAGAAGCACAUCUCUGGACAGAGGCACCCUUUUGACCUCACCACCAUCACCACGGGCUGGCCCCGUCAUCCGAUCAGCCGAGGGGGCUAUUCCUCAACGCCAUACCCAUUACCUUCAUCAGAAACCCAAUGAAAGCACUGCAGCGCCUGUGGGAAUGAGCAAGACCCCCUCGAUCAUGGAUCCAGUCAAUGCUCCUCCGACCAUAGAUCCGAUCAGUACUCCCCAGAACAUGCACCCGGGCAAUGCACCCCCGAUGAUGCGGCCCAUCAAUGCUCCCCCAAUCAUCCACUCAGACAAUGCUCCUCAGAUGAUGCACCCGGGUAAUGCUCCUCCGACCAUGCACAUGGGCAAUGCCCCCCCCCUAUGA